AUGUCAACCACCGCCGAUGCCAAGCCUCCCUCCACGAGGUCCUCCCAGGCCCCGUCAAUCAAGUCGGUCGAUAUCCCGCCCAGGUCUCCCAACUUGAACGGUUUGACCGAGCAGCCCGCAAAGCCCGUGGAGAAGGCGUCUGUAAAAGACCGUCUGACACGCAUGUUCUCGACCAGAGACGCUGCCUCUCGCGCCGCAUCCACCGACGGCAAGCCCACUCCCAGCACCGGCACCCCUGGCAACACUUCCCCGCCGCCCUCGAGGCCCUCGGCCCCAGAACGUAAGGGUUCGAUUGCGUCAGACAAGUCGCCCGCCCCGACCACUGCGACAGCGAGCAAGUCCAAAUUGGCAAACGGCAAGGAUGGCCACUUGCAGCGCUUCAUGCUUCUCCCAGAUCCUCCCGGAGGACACGAGCACCACCUCAAGUCGUCGCGUCGCCAGGAGAGGUUAACCGACAUGAUCAAGGGGCUGCUCGGCCGGAAGUCUGAACCGCAGCAUGCGGCGCCCGAGAAUGACCUUUCGCUCGUCUCCAACUGGGUCGACAAUCUGAAGCGGGAAAAGGAAGGAGGCUCUUCGGCUUCGGACAAGAAGGCGGCGAACGGAGCCGGUGGCUUGGUGGAGAAGUACGGCAAGUGCCAGGAGGUGGUGGGCCGCGGCGCUUUCGGCAUCGUAAGAAUUUCCCACAAGAAGAUGGAGAAUGGUGUCGGCGAGAAGCUGUUCGCCGUCAAGGAGUUCCGCAGGCGUCCGGAGGAGACCGAAAAGAAGUAUAGUAAACGUCUUACGGCCGAGUUCUGCAUCUCUUCGUCUCUCCGCCAUCCUAAUGUCAUCCACACGCUGGACCUGGUUAAGGACUCAAAGGGCGACUAUUGCGAGGUGAUGGAGUUCUGCGCCGGUGGUGAUCUUUACACCCUUGUCCUGGCCGCAGGCAAGCUCGAGGUUCAGGAGGCGGACUGCUUCUUCAAGCAGAUGAUGCGUGGCGUGGAAUACAUGCACGAGAUGGGAGUUGCCCAUCGCGAUCUGAAGCCAGAAAACUUGCUUCUCACCACCAACGGCGGGCUCAAAAUUACGGAUUUCGGAAACGGAGAGUGUUUCCGCAUGGCCUGGGAGAACGAUGCGCACAUGGUGUCGGGCUUGUGCGGCUCAGCCCCUUACAUUGCUCCAGAGGAGUACAUCGACAGGGAAUUUGAUGCCCGCGCUGUGGACGUCUGGGCUUGCGGUGUCAUUUACAUGGCUAUGCGGACUGGUCGUCACCUCUGGCGUGUGGCCAAGAAGGACGAGGAUGAAUUCUAUGAUCGGUACCUUGAAGGACGGAGGGAUGAAGCGGGCUAUGGCCCGAUAGAGUCGUUGCACAGGGCCCGCUGCAGGAAUGUGAUUUACUCCAUCCUCGACCCAAAUCCGUCUAGAAGAAUCACAGCCUCGCAAGUCCUCAAAUCUGAGUGGGGCCGUGAGAUAAAACUGUGCAAGGCUGGUGAAGAAGGUCUUUAACACGAGCUCCGUCAGGCUGGAUCGAAAUUGGAAUGAUGUUGUUGUUUAUGUAUAAAUAGCAUUAUCCGAGGGAGAACCACGUCUGGCGGGGCAAACAAACCGAAACAAAAAAACAAAAACAAAAAAAACAAAAAAAACACAGACCUUUUUUUUCUUCUUUUCUUCACUUGUUGUUUUUUCGACAGAAGAUUCAUAUCAAAUACCUAUUAGUUCUUUCUUCUUCUUCUUCUUCUUCUUCUUCUUCUUCUUCUUCUUCUUCUUCGUUUUCUACUACUACUACUACUACUACCACAGCGCGCGCCUCUCAUGACAUAUCAUGAGGCACCUUUCAUUCUAUUUCACGAAGCGAAAUGACGACGACACUCUCACAUGGCGAAGCACACACACACACACACACACAAGCAAGCAAGGUCAAGAUUCUCACGAGCAAAGCAUUGGAGUUCGGGCGAAUGAUAUAACUUCUUCUACAUCAAUUUUUUUUUAGCAAACUAUUGAUUUCUCUUGCAGCCCUUACUAUACUAAUAGUUUUCGCUUCGUUAGGGAGGCUGGUUCUUUUUCUUUUCUUUCUUUCGUUUGUUCAGAACAGAGGGAAUUGGGUUGGCCAGAUCUGAUUUUUUUUUUCUUUUCUUGUCUGCGCGUGUUCUCUCUUGCGGGCAAAAAGUGGGGUAAGGGAAGGGGAGGGAAGAAGAGGUUUGCAGAGGGGGGUUUGAACUACACUAUUUUUUUUAUAGAGUAGUUAGAGGGGAGUAGGAGCACAAAGGGCAGGUGAAUGCUAUUUUGUCUUUUUCUCUUUUACAACUUUUGGGGAGAGAAGCUAGGUGGUGAUGGAUGUGAGAAGCUGGGACAUGGCAGGCAAGCCGAGGAUGGAUGAUGACUAUUUGAAGAUGUUGAUAAUUUCAGCUGGUGGGGGAUGGCUGAGAAAGAAGGGUUUGAACAGCGAAAAGACCAACACGCGGGGGGGGGGGUUGCAUUUUUCACGACAGACUACCACCAUUUUAUCUUACAGUUUUCAAGCGCGGCGUAGG